AUGCAUAUUGAGGCAAUUCCCAUGAGAUGGGGCAAAGGUGAUAACUAUUGUUAUUUGGUAGUUGAUAAUCCCUCUAAUCAUGCUUGGAUCAUUGAUCCAGCUGAGCCUAAAGAUAUUGAAGUUUAUCUUGCGGAACAGAAGCCUAAAUUUGAAUUGAAGGCCAUUGUCAAUACUCACCAUCAUUAUGAUCAUUCUGAUGGUAAUAAGUAUUUCCAUCAUAAGCACCCCGAUUUACCCGUGAUUGCUGGUAAAGAUUCUCCUUUGGUGUCUUAUACUCCUUCUCAUAAGGAAAUUAUUGAUUUAGGUGAUAACUUGUCAAUCACAGCAUUGCACACUCCUUGUCAUACUCAAGAUUCUAUUUGUUAUUAUAUUAAGGAUCAAAAAACUGGUGAAGAAGCUGUUUUCACAGGUGAUACUUUAUUCACUUCUGGUUGUGGUAGAUUUUUUGAAGGUACCGGUUCGGAGAUGGAUAAAGCAUUGAAUUCUAUACUAGGUACCCUUCCUCCUACCACUAAAGUGUAUCCUGGUCAUGAAUACACUCGUUCAAAUGUCAAAUUCUCUAAAAGCGUAUUAAACAAUCAAGCAUUGGAUCAAUUAGAGAAAUACGCCAAUUCUCAUGAGUUUACAACUGGGAUUUUCACUAUUGGAGAUGAAUUGAAGUUUAAUCCAUUCAUGAAAUUAACAGACCCUCAAAUCACUAAAGCUACAGGCACCACAGUGCCACUGGAAGUCAUGACCAAGUUAAGAGAAUUGAAGAAUUCCUUUUAG